ACUCGGGACCGCGACUCGGAGAGGAGACGCGGGCCGGCGCCAAGCUGGUCCAACUGGUUCUGAGCAGGAAGUCUCCCGCCCUCGCCCCCUAACCGCAGUGCAGCCCCGCGCUAGCCCCGGCACCGGUGCAGCCCGCAGCCCGGUGCGACCGUCCCGCUGAGCGGCCGCGCUGGAGAGGGACCCGCCCCGGCGGAGGUCGGCGGCGCGGCUUUGUCUGGGACGUCCACACCCUCGAGGCAGCUCCCCGGGGCCGGCGAAUGGGAGCGCGGCGGCGCGGGGCCGAGCCGGGCUGAGAUAAGCGGCCAUGUGACCCUACCUGGCGCGGGGGAGGGGCCGCAGGUGAGCGGCGGAGCGCGGAGCUCGGCACGCGGCGGCCGCGGGGCUCGGCAGCAUGUCGGUCAGCAGAAAGGACUGGUCCGCGCUGUCCAGCCUGGCCCGGCAGCGGACUUUGGAGGAUGAGGAGGAACAGGAGCGUGAACGCAGGCGGAGGCAUCGCAACCUGAGUUCAACCACGGACGAUGAAUCUCCAAAACUCACCCAGAAUGGAGCUCAGAGGCCUGUGGAGAGGCUGCCCAGCGUGGAGGAAGCGGAGGUCCCUAAGCCAUCACCCCCAGCCUCCAAAGAUGAAGAUGAGGACUUCCAGGCCAUCCUUAGGACUCGGAAGGAACGGAGACAGAGGCGUCAAGUGGUAGAGGCUGUCCAGGCUCCCGUGCAGGAAAGGCUACAGGGAGAGGGGGAAAGGGACAGCCCCGGCCCCGGCUCUGAGCAGACCUUGCCGCAGCCUCUUGUGCCUAAGAAGAAAGGGGAGCCCCUGCCUCGCCGGAGAUUGAGUCGGGAGCAGCGAGGCCCUUGGGCCCAGGAAGAAGAGCACCCAAAGGGCAGAGAGCUUGGGGAAGGGGAAAAGGGGCUUCUAGAGGAGGCAGGGGCCCAGCGGAAGACCUCCAUCUCUGAGAAACUGCCUGUCCCAGAGAAAACUCCGGUGCCUACCAAGAGACUGGCUCCGGAGAAAGCCUGCCCCUCAGAGAAGGGGGCAGCAGCAGAGAAAGCACCCCUGACUGAGAAGAAACGCAGCCCAGAGAAGUUGGUUCCAGAAAGAACGAGUGUGUCAGAGAAGUCGACAGUACCCGAGAAGACACUCGUGUCUCUGAAGACAGCAGCACCAGAGAAGAGGUCCCCUCCGGUUCUAGAAAAAGCCAUUGUCUCUGAGAAGAUGCAAGAGAGGAGGCUGGUGUCCGAGAAGGCAUCCAUCUUCGAGAAGUCACUAGUCUCGGAGACAAAGCUGGCUCCGAAGAAAGCAGCAGCCUCAGAGCAGCCCCAGGCCCCUGGGGGAAGCCAGGCUGCCACAAGGGAGCCCAGAGGGAGGGCCGCCCCUGGGAAGAGCCCUCCUUCCUCUGCAGAGCAGGGCACAACAGACCCUCCGACUAAGGCUUCUUGCUUCCCACCCAUCACACUCCAGGUAAAAAUUCCCAGCAAGGAUGAAGAAGCAGACACACCCUCACCUACCCUGUUCACCUACAGCAGUUCCCUCAAACGCUCCAGCCCCAGGACCAUCUCCUUUCGGAUGAGCCCCAGGAAAGACAACUCAGAAACAACCUUGACCCGCAGCGCCAGUGUGAGGCUGCCGGCUAGCACACUGAAGCUAGAAGAGAAACUCGAGAGAUACCAUACAGCCAUCCAGAGAUCCGAAUCCGUCAGGUCUCCAGGCUCCUCCCGCACUGAGGUCCUUGUGGCUCCUGCUGGUGUAGCCAGCAAGCGCCACCUCUUUGAGAAGGAGCUGGCAGGCCAGAACCGCGCAGAACCAACCAUCCGAAAGGAGAAUCUGCGACUCUCAGGGGUUGUGACAUCGAGACUUAACCUGUGGAUCAGCAAGACCCAGGACUCCGGAGACCAGGGCCUUCAGGAGGUACAGAAAGAGGCAUCCGUCACCAGGAGGGCUCAGUGGGGAAACAAGUCGGCCAUGUCCUUGGAUGCAGAGGGAGAGCCGAGAGCAUGUCUGACACGGAGGAGGUGGUGGAGGAAUACGGAGAGGAACAGGAAGGUAAGAGCUCAUGGGGAUGCACACACAGAUGGAGGACAGUUCGGCUGGAAACUGACCCACCUCUUCUCUCUUCUCUUUCGCCCUGGUCUUCUCUUCUGAACAGAAGCGGUGGAAGAAGAAGACUGGAUUGAAGACGAAGACGAGCAAGAGGAGGCAGUGGAG